CGGCUUAUCGUUAUGCACGGCCAUUAAGAAAAGGGGGUCACGAAAGGCUUAUCAUGUUGCACUGCUGGUAGGGUUUUUUCUUCAUUGUUAUCAGAACGAAGUGACUGAGCUAAGUAUUUGUACGAGUUAUCAACACGCGCUCUACUGUCGGCUUUGCGUAUUUUGCGCUCGAUUAAUGGAUGCCGAUUGCCUCGUCGAUUAGAUGGUACAUCUAAACAUAAUCAACCGAGAGCAACGGAAGUUUGUUGAUCGUUCGCGAAGAUAAGCACCCGGGAAUGUUUCACGUAGCACAUUGCACAAUGCCCACUACACUACGUCGAACACUACGAGGCACUGGCUGGGAAAUGGGAAAAGAUGGGAAUCAUUUGAUGGGGGUAUGUUUCGCGCGUUGUUUCAAAGGUACCGCAAUCAGAACUAUAACAACGCCCGUGUUUCACUACAAAAUUAUGACCUUCACCAUUAUCUAUAUUUUCGUGCAUCGGUUGGUGAACAAGUCGAGUAAUAUCGUGCCGGAACUAUAACUUACAGUUACCCCAGUUGUUCCACCGAAACAACCAAGGACGUAGCUUUUCCUACGUCACGUUGAUGCUCCACAAAAUUACAUUCACAAAUGCCUCUGAGUCGUAGUAGGGUUGCAAGCUGACUUGUGGCGUGCACAAUCGCCAGUUUAUCGUUUGAAUCCAUAACAUAAACCAGUGGUUGCUGUAUAAAAGUAGCAACGUCGCCAGGUGUGCUUUGUGUAUAAAAUGCCAAAUUAAACGGUGUGUAUGUGUGUGCGGUGAGUUCAGUGAUCCGGAAAAUCGCUAUUUUUCCUUGCGUUCGAUAAUGGUACGAGCCCGGGGCAGUUGGUGACAAAUUAUAAAAAAUCGUGCAAAGAACAGGCUGCUUAGUGAAGAGAAUCAAGAAGUGCCUCAGACGGUUUCGGUGAGCAGCUUAUUUGAAACACAAGAAAUAUGGCUGCAGCGGCUGCGACUAGUUCGGCGUCUUCGAGCAAUCAACAGCAGAUGCAAAACUACGACGACGAUGAUGAGUUCCAAGAUGCGUGCGAUAACGACACCUCAUCCCCUACGUGCGGGAUGGAUUUGGACACUGCGCUGGCGGAAGCCAAAAUUGCUGUCGAUCUUUUCUUCAACAAUAAAUUCAACGAGGCAGAGGCUCUCAUGAAACCAAUGGCUACAUCGAGCAUGUACCAUGCGGUAGGACAUAGUGUGUUCACCUACCUGGAGGCAAUGCUCACCUUCGAACAACAGCACAUAGCGGCUGCCUCAGAAGCGUUGAAACAGUGCUUGAACGUCUGCAAUCGAUACAGGAAGAAGAACACGCUUACCGAAACCAUUGGGAAGACGUUCAAGAAGGUUAACUACGACCAGUACACCGAUCUGGAGGCACACGCCGAACUCUGUUCGGCCGAAGCCCUGCUCCUGAAGGCAAUGCUAACGUUUAUCGAGGACGAAACGUUGACCAGCCUGAUCAAGGGUGGAAUGAAGAUAAGAAAUUGCUUCGCGAUGUAUAAGGAAUGCAACAAUAUUCUGACACAGCGAACUUGGGAAUCGGAAAGCUCCAAGCUACACUUUGAGAGUGGUGUCCGGAUGGGUUUGGGAACGUUUAAUCUGAUGAUUUCGUUGCUUCCCGCAAGGAUCAUUAAGUUACUUGAAUUCAUUGGAUUCUCUGGCAAUAAGCAAUCAGGCAUGCAGGAUUUAGUUACCGGCUCUCAGAGUGCAGGAAUUCGACAGGUGCUCUGCGUGAUGACCCUACUCGGUUAUAACCUGAUCGUGUGCUACGUUCUCAGCCACAAGGAGGGCGAUUUGCGCUUCUGUGAUGAACUGCUGGUGAAGCAGCUCAAACAGUACCCGGACGGUGUGUGGUUCCUGUUCUUCAAGGGGCGACUCGAGUUCAUGAAGGGUAAUCUAGACGAAGCCCUGAAGUGGUACAAGAAAUCGUGGAAAUCGCAAAGCGUUUGGCCGCAGUUCCAUCAUCUCUGCUUUUGGGAGUUGCUUUGGGUUAAUUGCUUGCGUUUAGAUUGGCGAGAAUCCUUGCUGUUUGCCACGUAUCUGGUGGAGAACAGUAAGUGGUCGAGGACGAUCUACACCUACCAAAAGGCAUCGAUUAUGUGCAUGUUAAAGCAGUCGGAACUGCACUCAAGCGAAGUACGAACGAUCGCCAACUUGAUGAAGGAGGUACCAAAGUACAAGCAACGAAUAGCUGGCAAAUCGUUACCGAUGGAGAAGUUCGCUUGCAAAAAGACUGAACGCUUCUUCGCUCAGCAAUCCUUCCUGUACGUGCCGGCACUUGAGCUGAUGUACGUUUGGAAUCUGUUCAAGAUAUUGGGCAAGCAUUUCCACCUUGCCGAUGGGGUGUUCCGGAUAGUGGAGGAAAAUCUGAAACAUUUUGAAGAGCGAGAAAACAACAAAUCCAAUCCGACGUACGGUGUUUACGGACCGGACAACAAGGCACUGCUGUUACUACUGAAAGGCGCUUGCCUGCGUCAAAUGAAUAGUCCCCUGCAGGCUACUAGCUGUCUCGAAACUGUUAUCGCCAUGUACAAAGAUCUUAAAGAAGAUCACUACCUGGUACCCUAUGCUAUUGUCGAGCUAGCCCUGAUAUACAUUGAGCAGGGUAACAAGGACCAAGCUAUCUUAGCUUUGGAGGAUGCCAAGAAAAACUACAGUGGCUACUCGUUGGAAUCGAGGCUUCACUUCCGUAUUCAUACGGCACUGAUUGAGUUAAAAGGCAAAAGCUACGAAAAUAUUCCUGCUGGAGCGGACCCUUGAGCGGGAGCAUUUUCUACGCAUCUUCCAUGACCAUCGAAACGUUCUCCGGGAAUACUGAAAAUCCUACAACGACCAUUGAAUGAUAGAAUGAGUCAUUUUAAGAAAAGAAAAGAACCACCUUUAUUAAAGCAUGCCAAUACCGUACGGAAUCAUUCCCUAGUCAUGCUGCAAAUUUAUACGUUGACGUAUUGUGAGCAUAAAACAUUUCAUCGGAUCACCACACAUGCUUUGAGCAAUGGGUUUCUCACUGUCCUAGGGUACCAAAAACACAUUGAAGCAGGGUUUAUUUUAAUAAUGGGGGCAGGUUUGUGGUAUUGUGUUAGAUUUAUUCUUGUCAGACAACUCAAGCUUGUUCGCAUACUCCAGGAUAAUACGUUUAAUGAUAGCCAAAAGGCUAGGUUGUUUUUAGUAGAUCAAAUUAUUUGAAACCAAAUUGUUUAGUCAGGUCAAAUAAGGUUACGAAAGAGUGUCUCUAUCAAUGACGCUGGUGGCUGAAUGAAAGAAAUAUAUAGAAAAUAAAAGAAAUCAUCAAAUUGAAGUA